AUGGAGGAUCCGUUCCGCGUCAUCGUAAUCGGUGCCGGGCCCGUCGGGCUGAUGGCGUGCCACGCCCUGUCCAGUGCCGGCAUAGACCACGUGCUGCUUGAGAAGCGACCAAAGCUCGACAAGGAGGCCGGCACGUCCAUCGCAAUGUGGCCGCACAACGUCCGCGUGCUGGAUCAGCUGGGCCUGCUCGACGAGGCCCUCGAUCUGUACAUGCCCGUGCUCAACAAGAUCAAUCUGCGCCGCGACGGCACUGUCACCAGCCGCAAUGACAUGUUCGCUGCCGUCCAGCGCAACCAUGGUCACGAUUGGAUGUGCUUCCAUCGCGCCCGCCUCAUGGACCUACUGUACCGACGUCUGCCGGAGAACUCCGAAAAUGUCUUGUUUGACAAGAAGGUGGUCGCCAUCGACGAGACAACCCCUGAUUGCGUUACUGUUAUCUGCGAAGAUGGGAGCAGCUACACCGGGUCGAUGGUUCUCGGGGCUGACGGUGUGCACAGCACCGUCCGACGUUUGAUGAACAAGAAUGUGGGAGGCGACUCGGAGGUGGAAAAGGAGGACAGUUGUUUCAAGGCAAGCUACCGUGGUUUGUACGGCUACUCGGCCCGAUUCCCCCAGCUCGAACCAUCAACGAUAUACGAGACACACGGGAAGCGCUUCUCGAUCCAGCUCGUCGUCGCCGAGAAACAGCAGCACUUCAUCAUUUAUCAAAAGUCGGACUAUCCGACGAGCAAAAUGGGCCAAAGAUUCACUCAAGUUCACAGAGAUGCGAUGGCGGCCGAGUUUGCUGACGUCAAGUUCGCCGAGGGAGUGACGUUUGGCGACGUCUGGGCUUCGUCGCACUGGAGCAACAUGUCUCUUAUCGAAGAGGGGACGGUUUCGCGGUGGCAUCACGGGCGUGUCGUGUUGGUGGGCGACGCCGUGCACAAGAUGACACCCAACAGUGGGUUUGGAAUGAACAGCGGCGUGCAAGGAGUCGUGAGUUUGGUCAACGGUUUGUAUGGGCUGCUGAAUGAACACAAGGAAAUGGUUCCAGGUUCUGAAGAGCUCCAACGUGUUUUCACGGAUUAUCAUUCAGCGAGGCUUCGCGCAACGCGGGAAGCUGUGCAGAUAUGUGGGAUAUAUACACGAGUUGUCGCUUGGGAUAACAUCAUCUUGCGCAUGGCAGAUCAACACAUACUCCCACUCAUCGGCGGCGACGUCACAACACUCAACUUGUUAAUGUCACCAAUAGUGCAGAGGGGAGUUGUGCUGAGCUUCUUGGAAGAGAAAAACUUCCGCCAGGGAACCAAAGGUUACAAAACACCGCGGCAAGAAAUUAACUUGGAUGAAAAGGCCACUCUUGUCGCUGAGAUUUGA